AUGGGAUGUAGUGGAUGCAGAGUCAGGUUCAACUUUGGAAAGGCGCUGUCCAAAGUCUCUGUGUUUCUUACCAUGGUCCUGAUCUUCACAUACUUCUUCUACUGCCUCUCUGGAUUCUGCCAUUCCGCUCCGAGGACCUUCUACCGCCAGCAAACUUUGGACUAUGACGUUUUGGACGGUGAUCGCCGCGUCCUGGAUGAGCUGCGACCUCCGGCGCGUCUCCUACCCAGCGCGAACCGCACGGACGCAGAGCAGGUGGACGCGCAGGGAGAGCUGCGUCCUCUCAGCGCAAAGGAGGGCAUCCAGAGCAGCGGCAUGCCCGUGUCGAACACUUUCGGGACCAAAAGGUUCCCACAGGCGAUUAUAAUCGGGGUGAAGAAAGGAGGAACUCGCGCCCUGCUGGAGUUUCUGCGCAUCCAUCCGGAUGUGAGGGCGGUCGGCGCGGAGCCUCACUUCUUCGACAGAUUUUAUGACCGAGGUCUGGAGUGGUACAGGACCCUGAUGCCUCGGACCCUUGAUGGCCAGAUCACCAUGGAGAAGACCCCCAGCUACUUCGUCACUAAGGAGGCUCCUGGCCGUGUCUGCACCAUGAACUGCCAAACCAAGCUCAUCGUGGUGGUCAGGGAUCCCGUGACUCGGGCUGUUUCUGACUACACUCAGACACUCUCCAAGAACCCAGGUCUACCUUCAUUCCAGAGCCUGGCUUUAAAAAACUCCUCCAAUGGUCUGAUCGACACCUCGUGGAGUGCCGUACGAAUCGGGCUCUAUGCCAAACACCUGGAGAACUGGCUCCAGCACUUCCCCUUGUCUCAUUUCCUGUUUGUGAGUGGCGAGCGGCUGGUGUCAGAUCCGGCUGGGGAGAUGGGUCGGGUUCAGGAUUUCCUGGGCCUGAAGAGAGUGGUAUCAGACAAACACUUCUACUUCAAUCAGACCAAAGGUUUCCCCUGCCUGAAGAAGCCCGAGGGGAGCAGCAGACCUCGCUGCCUCGGGAAGUCUAAAGGGAGACCUCAUCCGAACAUUCCCACUGAGGUCCUGCAGAGACUCAGAGACUUCUACAGACCCUUUAACCACCGCUUUUACCAGAUGAGUGGACAAGACUUUGGGUGGGAUUGA